ACGGCCCCUCCCCCUGGGGAGAGACUUAAAGGGCCGGCUUUCUCGGCGGCCGCGGGAUGCCCCCGCGCUGACCGCCGUGGGCCCGAGCCCGCCCGCGUAGACGCGCCUGGGACGACCCCGUGCCAUCAUGUAAAACGGCGCCGCAGGCGGACGCUGGCUUCUCCGCCCGGGAUCCCCUCCGCCCUGCCCGGGGCUGCAGGGCCCUAGAUGAGGACACACCAUGCUGACUGGGGUGACGGACGGGAUCUUCUGCUGCCUGCUAGGCGCACCGCCCAACGCCGUGGGGCCGCUGGAGAGCGUCGAGUCCAGUGAUGGCUACACCUUUGUGGAGGUCAAGCCUGGCCGUGUGCUGCGUGUGAAGCACGCGGGGCCUGCUCCAGCCCCCAACCCGCCUCCACUGCCGCCAGAUGCUGCCCAGGGAGACCGAUCUGGCUUGGUCCGCUGCCAGCGCCGAAUUACCGUUUACCGCAACGGGCGGUUACUGGUGGAGAACCUGGGCCGGGCACCUCGAGCUGACCUCCUGCAUGGGCAGAAUGGCUCGGGGGAGCCGCCGGCCGCCCUAGAGGUGGAGCUGGCCGACCCAGCAGGCAGUGAUGGCCGCUCGGGCUCAGGCAGCGCCGGGAGUGGCAGUGGUGGGCGACGGCGGCGAGCCCGGCGCCCCAAGCGCACCAUCCACAUUGACUGUGAAAAGCGCAUCACGAGCUGCAAAGGUGCUCAGGCCGACGUGGUGCUCUUCUUCAUCCACGGUGUGGGCGGCUCCCUGGCCAUCUGGAAGGAGCAGCUGGACUUCUUUGUGCGCCUGGGCUAUGAGGUGGUGGCACCCGAUCUGGCCGGUCAUGGGGCCAGCUCGGCACCCCAGGUGGCCGCAGCCUACACCUUCUAUGCGCUGGCAGAGGACAUGCGUGCCAUCUUCAAGCGUUAUGCCAAGAAGCGAAACGUGCUCAUUGGGCAUUCAUACGGUGUCUCCUUCUGCACGUUCCUGGCUCAUGAAUACCCAGACCUGGUGCACAAGGUCAUCAUGAUCAACGGCGGGGGCCCCACAGCCUUGGAACCCAGCUUCUGUUCCAUCUUCAACAUGCCCACGUGCGUCCUGCACUGUCUAUCACCCUGCCUGGCUUGGAGCUUUCUCAAGGCUGGCUUUGCACGCCAAGGAGCCAAAGAGAAGCAGCUGCUGAAGGAGGGCAAUGCGUUCAACGUGUCAUCCUUCGUCCUGCGAGCCAUGAUGAGUGGCCAGUACUGGCCUGAAGGUGACGAGGUCUACCAUGCUGAGCUCACUGUGCCCGUCCUGCUCGUUCACGGUAUGCACGACAAGUUUGUGCCAGUGGAGGAAGACCAGCGCAUGGCCGAGAUCCUGUUGCUGGCCUUCCUGAAGCUCAUCGAUGAAGGCAGCCACAUGGUGAUGCUGGAGUGUCCAGAGACGGUCAACACGCUGCUCCACGAAUUCCUGCUCUGGGAGCCCGAGCCCUCGCCCAAGGCCCUGCCCGAGCCCCUGCCUGCGCCCCCAGAAGAGAAGAAGUAGCCGCUGGGCCGGCCGGGCAUCGCUUGGUAAGCCAAGGAGCAGCAGGAGGAAGCCAGGGGCCGCCCCCACGUCCGCAGCGCGGACCACCUGGGCGGGCUGUUCGCUCCGGUGGGCGGAGUCAGGUCAGGGAGACGCCCCCAGGCCCCCAGGCCGGCUGGGUAGGGCGUGGCGUUCUCGGGAGCCAAGUGGGUACACCGCUCUCCGCUUCCAUCCUGCCGGACCCAUCCGUGUUUUGGGGCCGGAGCCGGAACCCCCGUGGAGGAUGACCUUGUACAGAAGCCCCUGUCCCUCAACGCCGCUCUCUGUCUUCCGUGUCAGCCGUGCUUGAUCCUGGGACCCCCAGGGCCCCGCCUCAUUGCCCGAGACCCUCCCCACCCCCCAUUUCUUGGCGCUGGGAGCUGUUGUUGCCCAAGUAGGGGGGAGGGAGAGGGGGGCUGGCACCACCGAACCUGCACAUCUCAACUUGUAACUCAAUAAAAAGAAGUGACAAUCUGA